AUGGCUCAAGUUCAAGCCAUGCAUGUAGAAAUGCAAGCCCAACUGAACAAGUUAGCUAAGGGAAAAAGCAUUGAAGAACAUCAUGACUGGAAAGACGCUAUGAAAUUUGUCGAACGAGAUGUUAUUCUGGUAGGCGUCAAACUUCCAGCUCUUUCUAAACGAUAUUCUGUUGGACUCACCGUCAAAACUUUCCUAAUAAUGAAGAAAUUGCUGAAAAUUAGCAUUAACCUCGAUGAUGCUAUCGAGAAUGAAGGAAAAGAGGGAAAAGUUGUCAAAGCUACCCCGCCUUCAAGUCGUUUCCCAAGAAAAGGAAAAUACGCAAGUGCACCAGGGUUUGCUGGAGGAUGGGCGCCCAUCAGUGACCUUAAGAACCCUGAAAUUGUGAUGUUUGGAAAGUUCGCGAUAUCAGAAUACAACACUAAAGCCAACACAACCCUUGAAUUUAAUAGCCUGGUAGAGGGAGAAUUUCAAGUUAUAUCCGGUGUCAGAUACAGUCUCGUGAUCGAUGUCAAGGAUGGAGGCGUCGUUGGGAAGUACCAGGCCAUUGUUUGGGACGAACCAUGGGAGAAAUUGCCAGAACUCACUUCCUUUACAAAAUUGUAA